CAGAGUUGCCCCAGGGGAGGUUACUCAUCCUGGGCUCAGGUAAGAGGGCCCGGGCUGGGAGACGGCACACCCAGGGGGGACGCCGAAGGAGUCGGACGGAGCCAUGGACCCCGUCAGGAAAGCAGGUGCUCAGGCGGUGAUCUGGACUACAGGUUGGCUGCUGCUGCCGCUGCUGCUUCACCAAGGAACGCAGGCCCUGGAGUGCUACAGCUGCGUACAGAAGGCAGAUGAUGGAUGCUCUCCGCACAAGAUGAAGACGGUCAAGUGCGGGCCGGGCGUGGACGUCUGCACCGAGGCCGUGGGGGCGGUGGAGACCAUCCACGGACAAUUCUCGGUAGCAGUGCGGGGUUGCGGUUCGGGACUUCCUGGCAAGAAUGACCGCGGACUGGACCUCCACGGGCUUCUGGCUUUCAUCCAGCUGCAGCAAUGCUCCCAAGACCGCUGCAACGCCAAGCUCAACCUCACCUCGAGGGCGCUCAACCCGGCAGGCAACGAGAGCGCGAACAAGCCGAACGGCAUGGAGUGCUACAGCUGCGUGGGGCUGAGCCGCGAGGCUUGCCGGGGGACCGCGCCACCCGUCGUGAGCUGCUACAACGCUGGUGACCACGUCUACAAAGGCUGCUUCGACGGCAACGUGACUUUGACAGCAGCAAAUGUGACUGUGUCCUUGCCUGUGCGGGGCUGUGUCCAGGACGAGUUCUGCACCAGGGAUGGAGUGACAGGCCCGGGGUUCACUCUCAGUGGCUCCUGCUGCCAGGGGCCCCGCUGUAACUCUGACCUCCGCAACAGGACCUACUUCUCGGCUAAAUUCCCACCCCUUGUCCUUCUGCCUGCUCCAAAGCCCACCACUGUGGCUUCCACCACUUCUGUUGCCACUUCUACCCUGGCACCAACUACUUCCACCCCCACCACCAAACCCACCCAAGCCCCAACCACCCAGACCCCUACCCAGAAAGUAGAGCACGAGGCCUCAGGGGGAGAGGAGACCAGCUUGAGUGGUGGCCCCAUUGUCCACCAGGAUCGCAGUAACCUGGAGCAGCAUCCCCAAAAAGGUGGGGCCCAGCAGCCCCCUAAUAAAGGCUCUGCAGCUCCCACGGCCAGGUUGUUGGCGCUUCUCUUGGCCGUGGCUGCUGGUGUUCUACUAUGAGCUUCUCCACCUGGAAACUUCCCUUUCACUUACUUCCCUGGCCUUGGGCACCUCUUCUUCUUCCCGUUACUUCCCUUUUCCAAAAUUGGACUGGGCUGGCCCAGUCACUGUCCUUCCGUCCAUUGUCUCCCAGGAUCCCCAGCUUCUGCUGCACUGGUUUGUGGCAUUGGGAAAUAAAGUUACUGUUGUAUAUAUCCUG